AUGACAACAAUUACGUACCUCAUUGUACUUCUCGCUUACUACUGCAACACAGGCCCAGCAGAUGGUGGAUCGCACACAGUUGCAGCAGUGGUAUCGCAGAAAUGGCUCGAAUUCUCCGCGUCCAAGGGCAACGAUCUCCGACCUAUCCUUUCAGAAGGCUGCCCAUGGUGUCUUUGCGUCUCGAGGUGGAAGCAGAGCUUUGACGCUUUCAAGCGCGGUGAGCUGCCCAAGGAGGGGGUGCCCAAGGUCAAGUUGGAUGCUACCCACCAGCGCGCACUUGUUGUCGUAUCGCUAGAAGAUCUGCAGGGAUUCGCAUUCGAGGAUGGAAGGGGCGGCAGUGGGGCUCAGGAUCCGGCGAGGGGUGGUCCUAUCCGUUGA